AAAAGCUUAAUUCUGAUGGUAGGGACGAAUUUUAUAAAAACGUAUAAAUGUUAAUACCGAAUAAAAUCUUCAUUAAGCUCCACCCUUCUCGAGACGUGAUACGUGACACCGCUUUAUCUCCUCAACCUCUCGACCUUUAAUUACCAAGAUUUAAUAGCAUCAAUGCACUUCGUAUACGAGCCACCGUGCCAAAUUUCGUUACUUAAUCUUCACCCCAUCUUGAAUACGCCAAUGCACGCACGCACGCACGCGCGCACACAUCCAUGGAAUUUUAUUUUACUUUUUUUGUAUUCAGGAGGUCUCAAAACGUGGAGGAUCAAAUUUGACACGAUUCCAAUACUUUGUUAUGUAUACGUAACAGCCGGGAAAGUAAAACGUUUGCCAUUAUAUAGCACAUAUACGGUAGACCCUCGAUAUAGCGAACUCUUAAAGGACCGAGCCGAAUCGUUCCCUACAUUGAGAAUUCGCUACAGAGAUGGAAAAGUAUAAUAAUUAAGAAAUAAUUUCAUUCUUAAACAUGUAACUUCCUGGAGUACAUCAGCCGCAUUGGAAAAUUUCUCCUUUUAAUAUUAAGAAGCUCAAAAGCGCCAGGGGAGAUUUAGAUCUUAUAUAAAUGUGGAGGCAAAAGGAAGAAAAUGUAGUAGUAAAAAGGUUUAUCUCCACGCCUCUCCACAAGACGCAAUUAACAAUUACGGUUAAUUGAAAACCUCAGUUACGUCGAUUCGACGUUUCCGUCUGCCAAAGAUACUCAGUCCUUCAGCAGCUUUAAAAUCUUAGAGAAGUGAUGGUUCCUCACGUGAUCAGCGAGUUAGAAUCAAUGCAAAGUAUGUAAUAAGUUUUGUUAACGAGGUGCGGAGGAGUGUUGCCAGCGAUCAAAAUACAGAACUCUUUCCAACGUGUGAUGGCUUAGUUACAGGAUGUAUGGUCGAAGAUGACGAUGUGCUCUGCUGGGGUGCACUGAUGCAAAUAACCAGUAAAAUCGUCAUUAAGUCCGUCCCUACUCGAGAUACACACGACCCCCUUUAUGUCCCCAUCCCCCGGACCUUUAAUGGCCAAAAUUUAAUAGUAUCGACUCCCCUAAUAAACAAAAAUUCAGAAAUUUUCGACAAAACGCACGGGAGUUAAGCUUGAAAGAGAGUGAACAAAAUCGUGUCCCCCCACACAAUGUAUGGAUAACGUGGAAUCAAGUGAGGAAAAGAAUACAAAGGAAUAUUCGUUAGAACAGUACGCAGUAAGCAGCAGACUAGAAAACAAUGUUUAAACGCCUUGUUUUCCAAAUGCUUCACCCUUGUGUGUCUCCGUUGUAAACAAAGUCGAUAGUUGCCGGUCGAUACUCGAGGCGACGGGAAAUUCGAGCGUUAUCGAGUCACGCGGUCCGAGAGGCCCCGCCCACGGCGUUGCGCCGGAAGGGAAGGCGGCCUCUCCGCUUCCGGUUCCGCCGGGCCAGGGCGCAGGCGCGGCGCCGCUACUCUCGCUCCCGGAGGCGGCGCGAGGCCGACGGAGGCGUCGCCGGGAGAAAGGAAGAACGGCGGCGGGAGAUGAACGGCCGGAGUCGGGGACGGCGUCCCUUCCACGGUCACUCGCCGGCCAUCCGGAGGGAGAUCCGACGCUUCGAGAGCGUCCACCCCAGCAUCUACGCCGUCUACGACCUCCUGGAGCUGGUGCCCGACCCGCCGCUGGCCCGACGGAUCCGCGAACACGUCGUCGGCGUCGAGGAUUCCUUCGUCAAUAGCCAGGAGUGGACGCUGAGCGGAUCGGUGCCCGACAUCCGACUGGGAAUCGUCGGCAGUCCAAACAGUGGCAAGUCGGCGCUGGUGCAUCGCUACCUGACCGGAUCCUACGUGCCGGACGAGUCUCCCGAAGGUGGCAGGUUCAAGAAGGAAGUGGUGGUGGACGGACGGAGCUACCUGCUUCUGGUCCGCGACGAGGGCGGACCCCCAGAAAUCCAGUUCUGUUGCUGGGCCGACGCCACCGUUCUGGUCUUCAGCCUGGAGAACGAGGCGUCGUUCGAGGCGGUGCGCGCCUACUACGCCAAGAUGUCGCACUACCGCAAUCCGGCGGACCUGCCCGUCGUCCUGGUCGGCACUCAAGACGCCAUCAGCGAGAGCAACCCGCGGAUCGUGGACGACGGAAGGGCCAGGAAAUUGGCCGCCGACCUGCGCGGAUGCUCCUACUACGAGACGUGCGCCACCUACGGACUCAACGUGGACAGGGUCUUCCAGGACGCUUGCCAGAAAGUGGUUCGGUCCAAGAUGGCGGGUUUGACACCGAACGGUUCCGGACCCGACGCUCGUCCCGUUCGAUGCGACGCUCACGCUGCCGGUGACCGUACUCCCGCCGAUCCGGCCUCUUCGUCGCCCGGUCGCGCCGGACGCGACCAAAACACUCUUAAGGACUCGACGUUUCGCGAUCGAGAAAGGAGCGACAAAAUGGAGGAGGUGGACAACGCGGUCCGCGAAAACAAACCGGAAAAAAUGGUACCCGCCUCUUGCGGAUACAAAGAGAAUCUGCCGACUCCCUGUUCUACUCCCACCGCUUCCAGGAAGACUCGAAGGAGAUCCAAUUUAUUUCCGCCUCUGAAAAAAGCCGACGACGAUAAGAAAUUGAAAAAUGGCGAAGUGGGAAGCGGCAGAGUCAUUCCUCUUCGACAAGGAUAUCUUUAUAAAAGAAGUUGUAAGGCAUUGAACAAAGAAUGGAAGAAGAAAUACGUGACCCUUACUAACGACGGAAGGCUCACCUAUCAUCCCAGUCUUCACGAUUACAUGGAUGACGUUCACGGAAAAGAAAUUCCUCUGAUGCACACUACUGUGAAAAUUCCUGGUCAAAAGCCCCGAAGUAUGAGACCACAAGGAGCUACUCCUAGCCCUUCUUCGCAACAGGUCAAUGAAUUAGUUUCUGAUGUCAGCAGUUUAUCAAUAGCUGGAGGGUUGCAUCACCAGUUCCCCAUACCCACAUUUAAUAAAUGUAAGGACAAUGAAAAGGAAGCCCUCCUGGCUUCGACAUUUGAUUUGUUUCGAGAUAUUCAGUGCUACAGAUCGAGUUCUUCUAACGGUGAAGAUGCAAUUAUAGUCUGCAAUGCAUCCGCAACAACAGGAAUAUUAAAUGGCAGUGAAACUCAAUUGAUACCUGCAGUUCCAAGCACCAAUCCACUGUUGGCAAAACUUGAUACUCCAAUUGUAAAGAAACGUCACCGAAGAAUGAAAAGUACAGGCAUCAGAAAUCUAGAAGUGAUGGAUGAUUCGGACGGUUACGAAUUUAUUGUAGUUUCUCUGGACAACAAGCAGUGGCAUUUCGAAGCAUCUAGCAAUGAAGACAGAGAAGCUUGGAUCAGUGCAAUCGAACAACAAAUUUUAACCAGUCUUCAAACGAAUGAAACAAGCAAAUCAAAGUCUCGGUUGAACAGCACGGUUGACGUGGCUUCCAUUCAGACGAUCAGAACUGCCGUGUCGGGAAACAGAUAUUGUGUCGACUGUGAUGCCGCUAAUCCCGACUGGGCCAGCCUGAACAUCGGUGCUCUAAUGUGUAUAGAAUGUUCUGGAAUUCACAGAAAUUUAGGUUCUCACAUUUCUCGAGUCAGGUCUCUGGAUCUCGAUGAGUGGCCUCCCGAACAUGUCAGUGUCAUGAUGGCUCUUGGGAAUUCUGUCACCAAUGGUAUUUGGGAAGGAAAUACACGAGGCAAAGCCAAACCCACACCUAAUUCUAGCAGGGAAGAGAAGGAAAGAUGGAUUAGAGCUAAAUACGAAUUCAAAGAGUUUCUGGCACCACUCAAUUCCUCCAUUCCUAUUUCUCAGCAAUUGAUCGAUGCUGUUUGUAAAUCCGAUGCAAAAACCGUGGCCUUGAUACUGGCUCACACCACCAAUUCCGAACAGGUGAAUGCAAUUAUUAGUUCUCGUGACCAGAGAACGCCACUACAUUUGGCAGCUUCCCUGGGAAAUCUGGCGAUAACGCAGCUUUUAAUAUGGUAUAAUGGAAAUGUCAGGGCCACAGAUUCGGAAGGAAGGACGCCAUUGGCGCAUGCCCGGAAUGCCGGAUGGCAGGAAGUUCAAGACCUGUUGCUGCACAGUGGAUGCUCGGAUGCCCUUUGUCAUGCGUCGAGCACCGUGCCCAGACGGAGGAGCAGUCUUUCCAAAAAACCAGUCGAGACGUUCGACAAACUACCGGCCAGCAUCAUUUAGAAGACAUUGUGACAGCUCUCCCCAACUGUAUAGAAUGUACAGCUCAUAUAUCUAUUUUUCUGCCAUUAAUUUAUUAAAAGUUCAUUUUAUUUACAUUUUUAAACAUAGUUUUCCAUAUUCAAAAACAAGUUUGUUAAGAGUAGCAUUCAGGAUCCUCCAUCACCUGUGUAAAUUUAUUUGGCAUCCUCGCUCCAAAAUUUUGUAAGACAUCUAAUAAUUUGACAGAAAAGACCGUGCCAUGUUUCCGUUGUUUUUUCAUGAGCGGCAAGAACCCAUUGACAAUACUGGAUUAGUUCCCCUGCCUAAGAACAAUGUAAUAUUUGU